UGAGAAUUGACACCCCCUACUCCCCUAGGCCCCGUGGUACCGGUUCCAGUUCUGAACCCGGCGAAUCUUUACCAGUUCCGGGUCUGAGACCGGAUAACUACUAAUUUUUCUCACCCCUGGUCCAAACUACACACAAAGCACGGAUCUUGUUUAGAACAGAGCUUAAACUGUGUAACCCAAUUUCCAUCGUCGGAUCACCUUCCCCCAUUCUCUAGAACAAUUCCUUCAGAAGAGUAAGAUCAAUGUCUUUCUAAAUCGAAGGCCGUGUUUGGAAGAAAGAGAUCAAAGGUGUGUGAAUUCGAGCGGAAAUAAUGAUCGGAGUAGGGAAGAUCAAACAAUACUCUAACGUUCUCGACAAACCAGUCAGCAAAGGAAAACAAGAGGUUAGCUUAAGUGCUUUCGCCUUCUUGUUUUCGGAACUUGUACAAUAUAAUCAGACUCAGGUGGAUAAUAUUGCCGAACUCGAACGGAGGCUAGAGGAUGCUGGCUAUGCUGUAGGGGCACGAGUUCUGGAACUUCUCUGCCAUAGGGAUAAGGGUAACAGAAGGGAGACACGCUUGCUUGGUAUUCUAUCUUUUGUACACAGCACUGUAUGGAAAGUAUUGUUUGGAAAGGUUGCUGACUCACUUGAGAAGGGCACUGAACAUGAAGAUGAAUAUAUGAUCAGCGAGAAAGAGCUCCUUGUGAACAGGUUUAUAUCAAUACCAAAAGAUAUGGGAACUUUCAACUGUGGCGCAUUUGUUGCUGGAAUAGUGAGGGGUGUCUUGGAUGGUGCAGGUUUUCCAGCUGUUGUAACUGCUCAUUUUGUUCCAGUGGAGGGGCUAUUGCGGCCAAGAACAACUAUAUUGAUAAAGUUUGCUGAAGAGGUACUGAAAAGGGAAGCAAGAUUAGGUUGAUCUUUCUCAGGACUACAGGUUGAGGUCUUUUCAUGUUAAAUCAUCUUCUGUAAAAGUUGUACGUUUAGUUGCUUCCUGGUAUUUCAAGGUGGGUAGCAUUCUUUUCAUUGCAAUUCCGAAGUUAGAAUUCAAGCAAAAUCACUUACUAUGUCUAAGUAAUUUUUUUCUGGUCAUUGUCCCAUGGAGGACCUCGUAUGUAGGCAGAGGAAUGGAUUGUUACGUGCCAAGUGUUAAAUAUUGGAGUAGCUGCUGUUUUUGAGAAGCUAUUUAGUAGGAUAAUACAUUUGGUAUAGAUUUUCUGUAUGUUUGUCUACGAGUAUAGCAGUAGAUUUUAUCUUUAAAAGGAUCAUUAUGUCAA